AGGUGUGAGGCGCGCUCCUCGCGGGGAACGAGCUAGCAGAUCUGGCGCGCGCCCGCUGCCCUCCCGGCGCAGCCCCAGCCCGGCCCCCGCCCGGCGCCAAGAACCGAGGUGUCGUCGCGCCCGCGCUCGUGCCGCUGCCGCUGUGCCCGCGAGCGGAGCAGGAGCAGGAGUCGCUGACGCCCGAGCUCAGCCGGAGCGCACGCCUAGCCGUCCGCCGCCGCCAUGGCCACCACGGUGACCUGCACUCGCUUCACCGACGAAUACCAGCUAUACGAGGAUAUUGGCAAAGGGGCUUUCUCUGUGGUCCGACGCUGUGUCAAACUCUGCACUGGACAUGAGUAUGCAGCCAAGAUCAUCAACACCAAGAAGCUGUCAGCCAGAGAUCACCAGAAGCUGGAGAGAGAGGCUCGGAUUUGCCGCCUGCUGAAGCACUCCAACAUCGUGCGUCUCCAUGACAGCAUCUCUGAGGAAGGCUUCCACUACCUUGUCUUCGACUUGGUCACAGGUGGGGAGCUCUUUGAGGACAUUGUGGCAAGGGAAUACUACAGUGAGGCUGAUGCCAGUCACUGCAUCCAGCAGAUCCUGGAGGCGGUUCUCCAUUGCCACCAAAUGGGGGUCGUCCACAGAGACCUCAAGCCUGAGAACCUGCUCUUAGCCAGCAAAUGCAAAGGUGCUGCGGUGAAGCUGGCUGACUUUGGACUGGCCAUCGAGGUGCAGGGGGACCAGCAGGCAUGGUUUGGUUUCGCUGGGACACCAGGGUACCUGUCCCCAGAGGUCCUUCGCAAGGAGGCAUAUGGCAAGCCUGUGGACAUCUGGGCAUGUGGGGUGAUCCUCUAUAUCCUGCUUGUGGGCUACCCGCCAUUCUGGGACGAGGACCAGCACAAGCUGUACCAGCAGAUCAAGGCCGGAGCCUACGAUUUCCCCUCCCCAGAGUGGGACACUGUCACUCCUGAAGCCAAAAACCUCAUCAACCAGAUGCUCACCAUCAACCCCGCAAAGCGCAUCACAGCCCAUGAGGCUCUGAAGCAUCCGUGGGUCUGCCAACGCUCCACGGUAGCCUCUAUGAUGCACAGACAGGAGACUGUAGAGUGUCUGAAGAAGUUCAAUGCCAGGAGAAAGCUCAAGGGAGCCAUCCUCACCACCAUGCUGGCCACUCGGAACUUUUCAGUGGGCAGACAGACCACCGCUCCUGCCACAAUGUCCACAGCCGCCUCCGGUGCCACCAUGGGGCUGGUGGAGCAAGCCAAGAGUCUACUGAACAAGAAGGCAGAUGGAGUCAAGCCUCAGACAAAUAGCACCAAAAACAGUGCAGCAGUCACCAGCCCCAAGGGAACACUGCCUCCUGCUGCCCUGGAGCCUCAAACCACGGUUAUCCAUAACCCUGUGGACGGGAUUAAGGAGUCCUCUGACAGCACCAAUACUACCAUAGAGGAUGAAGACACGAAAGCCCGCAAGCAGGAGAUCAUCAAGAUCACGGAGCAACUCAUUGAGGCAGUCAAUAAUGGCGACUUUGAGGCCUAUGCGAAAAUCUGUGACCCAGGCCUGACCUCCUUUGAGCCCGAAGCUCUGGGCAACCUGGUAGAAGGAAUGGACUUCCACAGAUUCUACUUCGAGAACUUACUCGCCAAGAACAGCAAGCCGAUCCACACGACCAUCCUGAAUCCACACGUGCACGUCAUAGGCGAGGAUGCAGCCUGCAUUGCCUACAUCCGCCUCACGCAGUACAUCGAUGGACAGGGUCGACCCCGUACCAGCCAGUCUGAGGAGACCCGUGUGUGGCACCGCCGUGAUGGCAAGUGGCAGAACGUGCACUUCCACUGCUCAGGCGCGCCUGUGGCCCCGCUGCAGUGAAGAGCUGCGUGCCCAUGGUCUCAUCCUGAUGGAGUUGGUGUUUGGAGCCAAGCCGCCCUUCAGGGCGCACGGCCUGCCUGUCGCAUGUUCGUGUCUGCCUCAUCCCCUCCCCUGGUGCCUGUGUCUGCAGAAAAACCAAGACCAGAUGUGAUUUCUU